AGCAGAGGUCUUGGCAAGCAGUGGCGUUUAUAUAUUAUAUACUUGAUUAACUCGUUCCCAUUAAUGAGGAGCUGCAUCCCAGAUCGUCCAAGCAAGCCCCCUUGCCAUGGCUACCGAACCGUUGUACCCCGCCUACAUGCCCGUGAGGCCUGAGGGCUUUACGCCCACGCUCGAUGUGCCGGCUUUUGACGCUAAUGAACCUGGAUUGCGAGCAGAUCCCCAGCUGCCUGGGUUUCUCGAUUCCAAGGCAGUUUUGAAAAAUAUCACUCCGCGGGUUGGAACUGAGAUUCGCAAUCUUCAACUUAGCCACCUCACACAGGACGGGCUGGACCAGGUAGCGCUUCUAGCCGCCCAACGCGGUGUCCUUGUCUUUAGGGAUCAAGACUUUGCCGACGUUGGGCCAGAAAAGCAACUGGGCAUCGCCAAACACUUCGGCCCUCUGCACAAGCACCCGACUAUGGGCUAUCCCAAAGGCACUGGGUCAGAGUUUCAAGUGGUGUAUGCAGAUGAGAAGGUAGGAAAUCUGAGAGAUCUCUUGGGCUCACGAACCAGCUAUGAUCUAUGGCACGUUGAUCAGACUUUCACUCCCAACACGCCCGGCGUUACCUUCUUCUGGGUACUCGAAAUUCCCGCAUCAGGCGGAGGCGACACAGCGUUCACCUCGUUAACAGCAGCAUACAACGCUCUCUCACCAAAGUUUCGUGAGGGUCUUCACAAAUUGAAGCUUCUCCAUACGAGUGCUAGUGUGGGAGAGGUUUCCAGGGUAGGCCAAGAGCGAGCCCUCAAGGAAGCUGUCAAGACGGAGCACCCGCUUGUAAUUUCCCAUCCAGUAACGAAUGAGCCGGUACUGUUCGUCAAUCCUACUAUUGCUCGGCAAGUCGUUGGGUACAAGCCAAGUGAGUCCAAUUUGCUGCUAGGAUUUCUCCACGAUCAUAUCCGAUCACUGGACUUUUCAUGCCGAGUGUCGUGGGAGAAGGGGACGGUUGUUGUUUGGGAUCAGGUAGGCGCAGCUCCUUGUCCGGAUCAAUGGCUCCAAGCUGAUACUUGUUACAGAGAACCGUCGCUCAUUCCGCAGUCCCCGAUUUCAAGGCUGGAGAGCGACGACAUAUGGUCCGCAUUAUUUCGUAUGGAAGCCAGCCGCAACCAGUGUAGAUAUAUACUCCGUCAGCUAUAAACAACUCAUAACAUACUAUAAUCACCAUCAAGCCUUGGCCUUCGUGCUCUCUCCAUCUCCCUCCGUAAACUUCAAACUGAUACUAUUCACACAAUGCCGCUCGUCCGUCGGAGUCGGAUACC